UCUCUCACUUGAUCACUUGAUCACUUGAAUGAUCUCCACUCUCCACUUCUCCAGUCGAUACAGUGUUUGCUUGUCAUUUUCUCUCUCCUCAUUUUCUGUAAAAAAAACAUUAAUAUUCUAAUCGUCUUCUUCAGUUGAAUUCAAAAAAUAAUUUUAAAAAAAAGGAGAGAUUCUCCCACCUCCCCCCUUCAAAACAAAAACUAAAUUAAAUUAAUAAAACAAACACAAAAAACCACAUGUACUUUUGCUCUCCCACAAGAUCUGUCCUCCUUCAUCUUCUCUCUUAACCUUCAAGUUUUCUACUGACAUACUGAAACCGGAUUUUCCCAGUGUGUUUUUGGUUGUAUUGAUAUCGAAACCUCUUCGAAUCGUCGAAUAUGGAGUUUGAAAUUGCGGCGGAUGCACCACUAGAUUAUGUCACAUUUCGAAUUUUGCCAGAAAACAGGUAUGGUGCAUGCAUAUGUAGCGAGGAGGAAGAGGAGAUGGUUGCAGAUGGUCCUCUUGAUCUACUCCUGGAAUAUAUACCCAGCAUAAAGGAUCAAAUCGUUAAAGGAUCUUGUGAUAACUUCAAACUAGAGUUACCUAAUUCCAUUGGUAACAGGGCAUGGUUCACAAAAGCCACGUUAGCAAGGUUUCUUCAUAUAAUUGGUUCCCCUGAUGCACUUAAGAAAUCAAUCACUAUCUGUAACGAGUUAUUCCAGUUGGAAGAGACGAGAAAGUUUCAUCUUUCUUUAUAUACCCAGGCUGAUCGGACUACGUCAUCAGAUAACUCAAAGAAUGAAUUACUUCGGGCAAUGGACUCGAGAGUUGAAGCUUUGUCAGAAGAAUUGGUUUCAACUUUCAACCAAGCAGCUGGAGCUGAAUUCUCCUAUCAUGAGAUGAUUAAUCUUCAAGAAUUUUGUCAACAAUUUGGAGAUGUAGAUCUAAGAAAUCUAUUGUUAAAGUUGUCAGAGAGGAUCCAAAAAGGUCAGACCAAUGUCACUGUGAACAAUAAAAAGGCUCCUGUCCCGUCAAUAUCAAAGAGUGACUAUGAAAACAAGAUUAAUGGAAACAUCCAAGCAUCAGGACAGUCAAAUCUAUUGAAACCUAUACAGUACAAUGCAUCGCCAGCAAAAGCUGCUGAAAUUGAGAGGCAAAGUUCAACAGGAAGUGAUGACUCAUCUUUCUCAAGUGAGGAUGAUCAACCCUCUGCUGCUGAAAGAAGUCGAACUCUUAUAAGAUCAGCAUCUCCACGAAGAUCAGCAUCUCCAAUGCGAAAGGUCCAAAUAGGUAGAUCGGGAUCUCGUCGGACUCCUGCCCUAACUAUUAAAAGCCUUACGCAUUUUCCUGCCAGAGAGAAAAUCUCAUCUUACAGGGACACAGAUGAAGAUUCUGAGGAACCGACUAAAAAGACUGAGAUCAAUGUGACUAGGAUGAGUGUUCAAGACGCUAUCAGUUUAUUUGAAAGAAAACAAAAAGAUCAAACAGGUGAGAGUCAGAAAAAAACUGCAACUGAUAAUUCUACAAACCCAAACAAGGCUGUGUUGAGGAGAUGGAGUUCUGGGAUGAGUGAGUCUCAAAAGUCCAUGAUUCAGGACACAGUGGAGCAUACAGCUUCAGAGAAUAAUGUCGAAGAUGAGGACGCUCAUAGGAGUGUAGAUGUGAAAUUGGAUACAGUUCCUCAUUCUGAGAAUCGGGAUUUGGAGGAGACUAUGAGAUCGGAGGGGAUCAAAAGUGUUGAACCGAAUCCAAUUGAAGAUGAGAGUCUAAUGUGUCAGACAGAGGAGACUUGUCUAAAAGUAGAUUCAGCUGAAUGGAAUAGAAAAAAAGAAGAGGAAUUGAACAAGAUGUUGAUGAAAUUUGCAGAGUAUAACAUGAGCAACAAUAAAAACGCAGAGCCAGAUGAUAACAAGAAUUGCGUCUCUCACUUGGGGCAAAGUGGUGGAGUUAACGGUCAUCACAAGGAGAAAAAAGAUGAAAAACUGACAGUGGAGAAGUCGGGAAAGAGAGUAGAAAAACAGACUGGUAUUCGAGCGAAGCAAAGAGUUUCAGAUAAGCCUAAGCCAGAAAACUCUUCUGCUAAGGCUAGUGAUAUAAGAAAGAAGCUCCCUGCAAGCAGAGCUGCAAAUGUUAACAAAAAUACGCUCGUCUCUUCCAACUCCAAAAAGGAAUCUUUGAAACCUGCUGUGCCAAAGAAGGUUCCGUCUAAAUCUUCGCCGCUACCCACCAUUAGGAAGUCAUGGCCUUCAACACCAUCACCAAGAAUUACAGGAGCAUUACCUACUAAAAGCCCGACGAUAGCACCUUCUUCAGUUACUUCAGCACCUCGUAAAAAGUCCCAAUCUCCAGCACCUCGUCAGAAACUCCAAUCGCCUGGCCCAGUAUCAAGGCCUAGCCCAAAGUUGGAAAAACCCCAGUUGCCACAGAAAGAUGUCAAGAAACAGCAGGUGGAUACCAUAAAACCCAUGAAGAAAGUGGAUGACAGUAAAAGCCGAGUGGUGCCAAAGAAUGGGAGAACGACAAAGAUUAAAACGAUGGCUCCUGAAGAUGAUGCUGCUGUCAGUCCAGCUAAAGCUGUUGUGCGGAAGAAGGUGACGAAGAAGAGUAGUGUGGUCCCAAUUGAGGUGAAGCCAUCUGUUCGCAAAGUUCCGGAAAAAAGCCCUGCAAAAAGUUCUGGUGCCAGUCGAAAGAGAGAAAUUCCUCCCCAACCGGAAGAAGCUUUGAGCAAAUCUGAAGAUUCUGUUAAUAUUGCGGAUAAUGUCAGAAUUUUUAAUUUAAAUAAAAUUCAGCAGGUAGAGUCUGAAGAAUCGGAGACUCAAGAUGGUCAUGCUGAACUAAAAAUAGAAACAGAAACAGAAACAGAAAAAGCUGAAGGUGGUGGUGAAAAAGAGAUUUCUGUUGAAGCCCCUGCUGAAGAAGAUGAAGUUGUUGAGAGAGUAUUGGAGUCGCCAGGAAUGGUUCAGAUUGAGCCUGUACAAGAAUCACUAAUAUCCCCAGCUGCCUGGGUGGAAAGCAAUCCGUCAGACAUGGCUGUUCCAAGUGGUGACAACACAACGUCCUCUCUAGUGAAUUCUGAUGCUGUUGGUGCAGGAACAAGAGUUCGUCAUUCACUCUCACAGAUGCUUCUUGAAGAAACCAGCGAACCUGACAUAAUUGAGUGGGGAAAUGCUGAACAUCCACCUUCCAUGGUUUAUCAGAAAGAUGCUCCUAAAGGCUUAAAGCGACUUUUGAAGUUUGCUCGAAAGAAUAAAGAAGCUAAUGGAGGUAUCUGGGCAAGCCCAUAUACAUCUGAAGGAGAGGAUGACGGGGAUGAAUAUCGGAACCUUGGUAAGAGAAACUCAGACAAUUUGCUCAAGGUUGCACUUCACUCAAGGAAUUACGCGGAAGGCUUUCUGUCUGAUUCUGAACCACAUUCUGCACGAUCAAACACAAGCAACAGCUCUGCUAGAAGUUCCAAUAAGUUUCAAGAUGGCCAUGCUUCGUCAAGAGGUGCAAAAUCUUUCUUCUCUCUAUCUGCAUUCCGUGGCAAAAGUUGAGAUACUGCCUUGUGGACUUGAGGGAGACGCCUAAUUUUGGGAUAAUCAUUCAUUGUGUGGUUUACUCCCUUGUGUAUGCUUAAUAUUUUAUCUUGUGCAGUUUAUUAAUUUGUAUCAAGCAAUGCAGUAUAAUGUUUAAAUUCAAUGGCAUUCUUUGGGGAUUUGGAUAGGUCCAGAAUGUAUAUGUAAAAUGUAGAGCAAGCAAGAUCUUGUAGGACAUAGAACAGCAUAUGUAGAAAUUACAUGUUUUCAGUUCAAUUUUACUUUUACAUAUUUACAAUUA